AUGGCCGAUAAAGGAAAAGGGGCGAAAGGACCCAAGGGGGACAAGGGGGAUAAAGGAGAUAAGGGCGAUAAAGGUGAGAAGGGAGACAAGGGUGAGAGGGGAGAGAAAGGCGACAAAGGUGACAAAGGCGAACCAGGCAUCGGAGGAUCGGGAACCGGAGGAACAGGCAGUUCAGGCAGCGGAGGUAAUGGAGGAAAAGGUAAUGGCGGCGGUGACAAAGGCCAGGAGGAGGGUAUCAAAAUAAUGCCUCCAGCAGCUCCUCCAACAGAAGGUCGGACCUCCGGUUCUCACGAAAGGCGAGCCUCCAGACGCGUAUCCCGUUCUUCCGCCAAGGUAGAAGAUUAUGCGAAUCUUGAUGAGUAUGGUAAGCUCGUCAAGUACAUCUCAACCUUCCGCGAUAAAGGCGAAGAAGAGGGCGAGGGUAACUUCGAGGAGAAACGAGUCUGGUACGCACCCUGGAAGAAACGCAAGAUUCGCCUCAAGGAGACAGAUGAAGAGCCCGGAAAAUAUCCUGAGGACUGGCUCGUCACGGAUAUCCAACAGGGUCUAUCCACGGCCGAAGUGCACAACAGGCGACGGCGGUCUGGGUGGAACGAACUGGUUUCUGAAAAAACAAACCCGUUUGCUAAAGUGCUGUCAUAUUUUAGGGGACCUAUUCUAUACAUCAUGGAGCUUGCUGUUCUUCUUGCCGCGGGCUUGGAGGAUUGGAUUGACUUUGGUGUCAUUAUUGGUAUCCUGUGCCUGAACGCUGCGGUUGGAUGGUAUCAAGAGAAACAAGCCGAAGAUGUGGUUGCUAGUCUCAAAGGAGAUAUUGCCUUGAGGGCCAAUGUCAUACGUGACGGGGAGCAACAGGAAAUUUUGGCCCGCGAGCUCGUGCCUGGAGACGUCAUUAUCGUUGCGGACGGCCAGGUUGUUCCUGCAGACUCAAAGGUUGUUUGUGACUACAAUGAUCCCAAUGGCUUUGAGGAGUUCAAGCUGCAGCUCGAGCGUGGUGAUCUCAGCAGCACCUCCGAGUCCGACAUGGAGGAUGACGAUGAGAAAGCUGAGCAGAAAAAACCUGCCAGGAAGCGUGGAUACCCAAUUCUAGCAUGUGAUCACUCUGCUAUCACGGGCGAGUCCCUAGCAGUAGACCGCUAUAUGGGCGGAAUGAUAUUCUACACUACUGGCUGCAAGAGAGGCAGAGCGUAUGCCAUAGUCCAGACUGGGGCAAAGACCUCGUUCGUGGGCCGCACAGCCACCAUGGUUCAGUCGGCAACAGGUGCAGGGCAUUUCGAAAUUGUCAUGGAUAACAUUGGUACAUCAUUGUUAAUACUCGUCAUGGCGUGGAUCCUUGCCGCGUGGAUUGGUGGCUUCUUUCGGCAUCUGCCCAUUGCCUCCCCUCGCCAGCAGACGCUGCUUCAUUACACACUCUCCUUGCUCAUUAUCGGUGUUCCUGUUGGUCUUCCUGUCGUGACGACGACUACGAUGGCCGUAGGAGCAGCGUACUUGGCGAAGAAGAAGGCUAUUGUGCAGAAACUCACUGCUAUUGAAUCGCUUGCUGGAGUCGAUAUUUUGUGUUCUGACAAAACCGGAACGCUGACCGCAAACAAAUUAAGCAUCCGCGAUCCGUACGUAGCGGAAGGUGUUGAUAUUGACUGGCUAUUUGCGGUGGCCGCGCUUGCGUCUUCUCACAAUAUCGAUUCCCUCGACCCUAUUGAUAAGGUAACACUUCUUACUCUCCGGUCAUAUCCCGGAGCACGCGAGAUCCUGAGGAGGGGCUGGGUUACAGAGAAAUUUACACCAUUUGACCCUGUUUCCAAACGUAUCGUGUCCGUGGUCACCUGCGAUGGGGUUAGGUACACCUGUACGAAAGGCGCGCCAAAAGCGGUUCUCCAACUCUCCAACUGCGCAAAAGAGACCGCCGAUCUCUACAAGGAAAAGGCGCAGGAAUUUGCACACCGAGGCUUUCGGUCUUUGGGCGUUGCUGUUCAACGUGAAGGGGAAGACUGGACGCUCUUGGGUAUGCUUCCAAUGUUUGACCCGCCCCGAGAAGAUACAGCACACACGAUUCGGGAAUCACAAAAUCUAGGGAUCAGCGUGAAGAUGCUUACAGGAGACGCCUUAGCAAUUGCUAAAGAGACCUGCAAAAUGCUUGCGUUGGGGACAAAAGUGUACAACUCGGACAAGUUGAUUCAUGGCGGCCUGAGUGGCGUAAUGGCUGGUGAUCUAGUUGAGAAAGCAGACGGCUUUGCAGAGGUAUUCCCGGAACACAAAUAUCAAGUGGUUCAAAUGCUUCAAGAACGAGGCCAUCUCACGGCCAUGACCGGGGAUGGAGUCAACGACGCACCGUCAUUGAAGAAAGCAGAUUGCGGCAUCGCAGUUGAAGGGGCCUCUGAGGCAGCACAGUCAGCAGCAGACAUUGUCUUCUUGGAGCCAGGGCUGUCAACGAUUAUUGACUCGAUCAAGAUGGCACGGCAGAUUUUCCAGCGGAUGAAGGCAUAUAUCCAAUACCGCAUUGCCCUUUGCCUGCAUUUGGAAAUCUACUUGGUGACAUCAAUGAUCAUUAUCAAUGAAAGUAUUCGCGUGGAGCUCAUCGUCUUUCUGGCUCUGUUCGCCGACCUGGCGACGGUUGCGGUUGCAUAUGAUAACGCAUCGUUCGAACUUCGACCCGUGGAAUGGCAACUCCCCAAGAUCUGGUUCAUUUCUGUUCUUCUCGGCGUCCUCCUUGCACUGGGAACUUGGGUGAUUCGGGGCACAAUGUUCCUACCCUCUGGCGGCAUUGUUCAGAACUGGGGUUCUAUUCAAGAAAUUCUGUUCCUUGAGGUUGCCCUCACAGAAAAUUGGCUGAUCUUCGUCACGCGCGGCAUAGAUACCUGGCCAUCUAUCCAUUUAGUGACAGCCAUCCUAGGUGUCGACGCUCUUGCAACAAUCUUCUGUCUGUUUGGAUGGUUCAGCAACGAAACCAUGCCCACGAACCCGGCAACGUCCUUUGUCGAGACCACCAACGGCUGGACAGAUAUCGUGACCGUCGUCCGAGUCUGGGGUUACUCGCUGGGCGUGGAGAUCGUGAUUGCGCUUGUAUACUUCAUGCUCAACAAGUUCAAAUGGCUUGAUGAUCUGGGUCGGGCGAAGCGUGACAAGGGCGAUUUGAAAAUCGAGAACCUGUUGGGUCACCUUGCACGCUUGACGGUUGAGUAUGAGGUGCCUGGCCAGCCGAAGGGACGGUUCUUCUUGGCUACAAGUAAGGAGGAAGAGGAGGCUGAGUAG